AUGGAGUAUCCUAAUGCACCCAUUUGUGCCACCGAUCAUGAGGAGCUGUUGGGCGCCCUCAAGCACGAAACGCUGGCAUUAAAAUGUGAAGUGGAUGCAUCACCGCCUGCGGAUUCAUUUCAUUGGACAUUUAACUCAUCUGGCGAACAAACAGAAUUGCCUGCACGAUUGCACUCGAGUGAAAGAGGCAUGUCACGUUUGAAUUAUACGCCAAGCAAUGAUCUGGAUUAUGGCACAAUUUCCUGUUGGGGCAGAAAUUCAAUUGGCACGCAAAAAAGUCCUUGCAUAUUUCAAAUUGUAGCUGCAGGCCGUCCACUGCCCUUGCAGAACUGCACGGUUACUAACCAUACAUCUGAUGCAUUACAAGUUGAAUGCCUCGAAGGAUUUGAUGGUGGCUUGCCCCAAGGUUUCAUAUUGGAAUUGGUGGAACUUACCAAUCUACGUUUGGCAAGGAAUCUAAGUUUGGCUCGCGCCCCAGUCACUUUUACUAUAGAAAAUUUGGAUGCAACUGCUACAUACCGGAUGAUUAUUUUUGCCGUCAAUGCAAAAGGACGUUCCGAACCCACAAUCAUCGAUGACAUUAAUUUUAAAGGAGUCGCAAAAUUAACGGUAACUAUUAAGAGUGAUUUUAGUUUUAAAAAACUAUAG